AGCGACUGUGCGUGAAUAUUUGCGUACGUGAGAUAUAUCUGUAAAAAUCUCGUUCAUCAAAUAAAUAUAAGACAUGGGGCGCUAUAAAAGACAAUCAUCAAGACAUUCUUGGGAUGAGGGAAAUAUGAAGCAAGCCAUAGUUGCCGUUCGUGAAAAAAAAAUGGGUUGGCUCUUAGCGUCAAAAACGUUUAACGUUCCCUUCACAACACUAAGGCGUCGCGCUGCCAAAGUUGAAGGUUGGAAGAAAGACUACAUGGGAGGCCAUAAAGUGACGUUCAAUGAAGAUUUGGAAAGAGAAAUAGUCCAACACUUAAGAAAUUUAGAAUCCCGAUUUUUUGGUUUAACUGCAAAAGAUGUGAGAAGCCUAGCUUAUCAGAUAGCUGAAACUAAGAAAAUACCUCACAGAUUUUCAUCCUCUAAGAAAAUGGCCGGUUGGGAUUGGCUAAGGGGGUUUAGGCAACGAAACCCAACUAUAUCACUUAGAACUCCUGAGUCUACAUCGGCUGCUAGGGCCAGUGCUUUCAACAGAGAGCAAAUUAAAAAAUAUUUCAAAAAGUUGGCCGAAGUAUUAGACACAUAUAAAUUUGAACCAAACGAUAUAUGGAAUGUGGACGAGUCUGGCUUCUCUACCGUUCCCUCUCGAAAUAGUAAAAUUUUCGCUACAAAGGGGAGAAAGCAGGUUGGGAUUCUCACUAGUGCUGAACGGGGACAACACUUUACGGUCGCGUGUUGCAUGAAUGUCAUAGGCACAUUCGUACCACCGGCUAUUAUUUUUCCAAGGAAGAAUAUGAAGUAUGAAUUAAUGGAUGGUGCUCCUACAGGUUCGGUUGGUUUCGCACAGGAAAAUGGUUGGAUGAACGGAGAGGUUUUUUUGAAAUGGAUGAAACAUUUCAUCAAAUUUGCAAAACCAACUGCGGAAAAGAAGGUGCUGCUCCUCUUCGAUGGCCAUAGCAGCCAUAAAAACCUGGAUGUUUUGUUGCUCGCGAAGGAGUCUGGAGUUGUGAUGUUCUGUUUCCCACCACAUUGCACCCACAGGGUGCAGCCACUUGAUGUCAGCUUCUACGGACCACUAACCACAUUUUACAACCAAGAGUUAAAUAACUGGUUGAGAAACCACCCAGGACGAACUGUCACUCAUUUUCAGGUAACUAACAUAUUUAAUGAAGCUUAUGUUAAAGCGGCAACUGCUAAAAAUGCCCAAAAUGGAUAUUCUGCCACGGGAAUAUUUCCGUAUAAUCCAGAUAUAUUCCCAGACCAUAUGUUUGCUCCUGCAGAGGUCACUAAUGUUCCUGAGAGAGAAGAACACUCUAUAAAUGUGACAGAUGAUGGCGACCAAUCUGGAUCUGGUGAAGUAGGAGCUGGAACCUCUCAUGAAGAACUUCCUACAGAUAUUGACAAAGAUAUCAUGAAUAUUUCAGUUGAAGAUAUAUUACCGUUGCCAGUUACUACACAAACUACUCGAAAGGUCAACAAAAGGAGAGGAAAGUACGGAUUUUUGAAUAGUACACCCGAAAUAAAAGCAGUAAAAGAUCUAGUCGCAGAAAAGGCUGCCGAAGCUUUGCGAAAAUCUGCAAAGGCUGCUAAGAGACGUGUUCUUGUUGAAGGAGAUGUACAGAACAAAAAUGAAAUUCCUGAUAAACCCUUGAGAAGAUCUGGUAGAGCUGUUCAGAAACAUAUUGUUGUAGGAAAUGAAGAUACGGAAGAAAGUAGCGAAGAAGAUCCUUUUGCCGGAGAAGAUGCCGAGAAUGAUGUAUCGUGUAUAUACUGCAAUGAUUUGUAUUCUCGUUCCCGUUCAAAUGAAUUGUGGGUGCAAUGCCAAGAAUGUAGGCAGUGGUGCCACGCAGAGUGUGCUGGUGCAGAAAAAAAAUUUAAAACAUUCAUUUGUGAUAUUUGUAAAGCCUAAAAUGUAUCUAUGCCAUCUCAUCCAUAAGCGUAUGGGUGAGAUGGCACUCGUAAGAUUUAUUUUAUG